GGCUGCCGCUGCUGCCGUGGGGCUGCCUCGCUCCGGGAAGGCGCGUCACUGGGGCGGGGGGCGCCGCCCAAAAGCCAGGCAGCACCGAAGAGGGAGUUUGGGGAGACCCCUCCGCACCGGCCCAGCGGGAUGGACGACCUGGAUGCUCUCCUGGCUGAUCUGGAGACGACAACCUCCCAUAUCUCCAAACGGCCCGUUUUGCUUACAGAUUCAGGGGGAGCCCUGAGCCAAGACAGGAACCCAGAAUCCAAGCCAGCUCCCCCACCUUACAACCCUCAGCAGCAGACUGGAACCACUGGCAUGUCUGUUGAGCCUGUGCCAGCAUCUACCCUGCAGGGUGGGAGUGACAAGGAACACCUGUACAGCACGGUCUGCAAGCCACGUUCACCCAAGCCUAAGGAAGGUGGGCCUCCACCCUUCUCCUCCUCCAGCGGUGUGCUUGGAGCUGGGCUUUGCGAAUUGGAUCGACUGCUGCAGGAACUCAAUGCAACCCAGUUCAAUAUCACAGAUGAAAUAAUGUCCCAGUUCCCAUCCAGCAAAAACCCAAGUGGGGACAAGGGCAAAGACAGGCCAGAAGAUUCUAUCGAUUCUCUAUCUCGGUCAGUGGCUCCUCCAUCUGCAAAGCCAUCUGCCACAUCUGCCACCUUGGAGCUGGACAAGCUCAUGGCCUCUCUGUCAGAUUUCCGGGUCCAGAGCAAUCUUCCAGGAGCUUCCUCCACCAUCACAGCAGUAUCACCACCUCCUGCUCCUGCCCGCGUGUCCUCGGCACAGCUACCGGUGGUCUCGUCCAUCUCCCCCAGCUCUCCUGCCGCACCACCGCAGAUGUCUCCGGCUCAACCAAGUGGGAACCUGGACAGCAUGCUUGUGAUGCUGGAGUCAGAUCUCAGCCGCCAAGGGAUCUCCACCACAGCCAAGGGGCUGUGUGCUUCCUGUCAGAAACCCAUUGCAGGGCAGGUGGUAACAGCCCUGGGCAGCACUUGGCACCCAGAACAUUUUGUCUGCAGCCACUGCCAGAAGGAGAUGGGAGGCAGCAAUUUCUUCGAGAAAGAUGGUGCUCCUUACUGUGAGAGGGAUUACUUCCAGCUCUUCUCCCCCCGCUGUGGCCUUUGCAAUGAACCCAUCCUCGAUAAAAUGGUGACUGCACUGGACAAGAACUGGCACCCCGAGCAUUUCUGCUGCGUCAAAUGUGGGCGGCCCUUUGGGGAGGAAGGCUUUCAUGAGAAGGAUGGGAAGCAGUAUUGCCGCCAAGACUUCUACGAACUCUUCUCCACCCGCUGCCAGGGAUGCAACCAGGCCAUACUGGAGAACUACAUCUCGGCUCUCAAUGCCCUGUGGCAUCCAGAGUGCUUUGUCUGCAGGGAGUGCUACACUCCCUUUGUGAAUGGCAGCUUCUUUGAGCACGGCGGCCGCCCGUUUUGUGAGAUCCACUACCACAAGCAGCGUGGAUCGCUCUGUUCAGGCUGCGAGAAACCCAUCACCGGGCGGUGCAUAACAGCCAUGGCGCGCAAGUUCCACCCGGAGCACUUUGUCUGUGCCUUCUGCCUCAAGCAGCUCAACAAGGGCACCUUCAAGGAGCAGAACGACAAGCCUUACUGCCACCCGUGCUUCAUCAAGCUCUUUGGGUGACCAGGAAGUGCCUCGCCAUUGCUGUGGCCAAGCCAUGCCUACUGCCAGCAUGGGAAAAGGGAGGAUCUCUGGGUCCCUCAAUCUUUGACCAAGCCAUACCCACUGCCAUGCGUGGGAGCGGCCUGUGCCUUAGGGGCUUCGACACACACCACAGAAGCCACCAACACCAUUGCCAAAAAACAUACCUGUAGAUAAGAACCACGUGCAAAAAUAAAAUAUAAAAUUCCCCCUCCAAAACCAAAAGUGAUGGUUGGAGCAGGGUAUCCCUGCUCCUCCUGCCCUACUCAGGAGCCAAACCCCUGCCAAAGCAUGAGCAGCCAAUAGUUAAUCUCGACCACAUCACAUGCCAUUUUGAAGCCACGCUUGCAUGUCAUGCCAGCACUUCAGACAGGAGGCAGUGCCUUAAGCCAUGUUCACGAGACCAGCUGGCAGUGCCAUCCAGAGAGGAAGUGGGGCCAAAAUGAAGCCUUGCCCCUGCUUCUUUUAAAAUCCUUUGCAAUUCUGCCCAGUAGUAAGGUAAAGGUAAAUGUUUUCCCCUGACAUUAAGUCCAGUCAUGUCCAACUCUGGGGGUUGGUGCUCAUCCCUAUUACUAAGCCAAAGAGCCAGCGUUGUCCAUAGACACCUCCAAGGUCAUGUAACCGGUAUGACUGCAUGGAGUGCCGUUACCUUCCUGCCGAAGCAGUACCUAUUGAUCUACUCACAUUUGCAUGUUUUUGAACUGCUAGGUUGGCAGAAGCUGGGGCUAACAGCAGGAGCUCAUGCUGCUCUCCACAGAUUCGAACCUGCAACCUUUCGGUCAACAAGUUCAGCAGCUCAGCUGUUUGACCCACUGCACCACUGGGGGCUCCAUGGUGCGAGAUGGGAAGUAUCCAAGCCCCACUCUCCUUCUCAGGACUAUUUUAAGCCAUAAACCAAAGAGAGGUGUCAUUCCAUAGAUUGUUGGACUGUAUCUUCUAUUUUUUUCUGUGUCAGAAGCUACUUGAGAAACUGCAAGUCGCUCCUGAUGUGAGAGAAUUGGCCGUCUGCAAGAACGUUGCCCAGGGGAUGUCUGGAUGUUUUACCUUCCUUUGGGAGGCUUCUCUCAUGUCCCUGUAUGAGAAGCUGGAGCUGACAGAUGGGAGCUCACCCCACUCCCCAGAUUCGAGCCAUCGACCUUUCGGUCAGCAAUCCCGCCAGCACUAGGAUUUGACCCAUUGCACCACCGGCAUCCAGUACAAUCAGCUAUGGCUAUGGUUCACAGAUACUUCAGUCCUAUAAAGAUCAAAUUCCUCAACCUUGCAAUAAAGCCAUUUAGAUUGGAGAUGAGAAAUGUCCCUUCGGUUCCUGUUGUUUUCGGGCAUGUUGCUCUUUUGCCCCGGUAUAUUCAAGUGUUGGGAAGGGAGACCUCAUCACUCCAGGGCUGUUUGAAAGCACUUAUGAUCUCAGCACUAAAGUUGCUCAACUGUAAGAGAAGAUAAACAACAGGAACUCUUUGGCUCACCCUUUUUUGGGCAAAAAGACGAGAUGGACUUGUGUAGGAACGGCUUCCAAGAAUUGUUUGGAUUAAUCGGAUCUGCCUCUCUCCAUACAUCUAAGGGAGCUAAAAGCAUGAUAGGAAGGAACGGAACCUGGUUAUUGUAAGGGACCCAGAACUUGGACUACUAUUCCCAGCGUAGGGAUUGCUGACAGUCCAAAAAAAGUUACUUUGCAAAGCUUUGUGUUAAAGAAGAAAUGGUUAAAAUGUCUUUGGAUUGGGUUGCUGUGAGUUUUCUGGGCUGUAUGGCUAUGUUCCAAAAGCAUUCUCUCCUGACGUUUCGCUCACAUUUAUGGCAGGCAUCCUCAGAGGGUGUGAGGUCACCUGUGGCCGAAACGUCAGGAGAGAAUGCUUCUGGAACAUGGCCAUACAGCCCGGAAAACUCAAAGCAAUCUAGUGAUUUGGCUACAAAAGCCUUCGACAACACAUGCCUUGGAUUGCCAAAUAUUGAAGAAGUUCCUGUUUUAAAAGCUAGGGAGAGACAAUGUUUGGGAAAAUAUGCCUACAUGAGUUUUUUUCUGAUUCAUCAGGGUCUUUUUUUAAUAUUUCCAUGUUAAACCCUAAAAGAUGCUUUUCAUAUGAUGCAAUGGAUGUUGUGAGUCCAAAGAGCAUGUGCUCUUCCUUCUGCCCCCAGAUUUCUAUACCAACUUUUUACCCUCUCACUGCUGUAUAAUAUAUAAUAAAAAAUCACAUGCUAAAAAA